CACAGGAAUCAGGCAGAGUCUUCCAUUCAUCUUCUAUCUCAACUUGAGACGACAAUGUCCGCUGCCCUCUUCCUCGGCCUCCUAGGCCACACAGCUCCCCUGGCUGCCGAAAACACGAGUACCCCAGGCCUCGAGCUCGCAUACUCCCUUGAGCGCGCCACCCAGGGCCUCAGUAUCUCCGAGGAUGGCCGUAAAUCCAUCUCCCAGCGUUACUCGACCACUCUGCCCCCUCAAAUUGUCGAGCUCCUGGACGACAACUCCACUGUCCUUUAUUCGAACACCGCCUGGAACUCCUAUAACUCCAGUGACCCUACCUCCGACCCAUGCAAGACCUUCCUCGGCAUUGACGGCUCCCGUAUGGGCCCCGAUGGUCGCUACUGGACUGUCAACGGCUCCACCAAGCUCGUCGGCGCGAACCUCACCAACGAUGCCGUGGACAAGCUCUAUUACCUCGACGCCAUGAAAGCAUCCGACAGCGGCAUUGACGACGUCCGCUACAACGCCGCUGGUGAUGUGGCCUACAUGAGUGAUACUGCUGGUGCCCUCCUCGUCAUGAACAUGACUACGGGCAGAUUGAACAGCAAAACUUUAUGA